GCUGGAUCGACUGUGGCUGUGUGCGCGGAGCUCAGGACCUGUUAGCGUAUCACGUGCCACAUCCUUAAUGAAGUGGACGCGCGAGGGGCACCCGUGUGCGCAUGCGCCGCGUGUAAAACUGUAGUUGGAAAUGAGGUGUCCGUCUUGGAGAAGUCGACUUUUAAAAAGCAUCGGCAGCCCCUGAUAUGACGACUUCGCUGCUUGUGCAUCCACGCUGGGCGGACACCUUGAUGUACGUGUAUGAUAAGAGUCCGAAUGAAAGCGGGCCGAAUAAGAGCCAAACAAUGGAGGCACUGAGCGGCAAUUGCCCCGCGACCCACUGCAGGGACCUGAUGUCGCACCCCGCCCUGGGACGACACUCCGGCACCAUCGGCGGCGGCGGCCACCACCACCACCACCCACACCAGGGCUCCGUCUACUCGGAUAUCUCCUCGCCGGACCCCGCUCGCCAGUGUCCCGCCCCACAGUCUACGUCGGGCGCCUCGCUCGGCUACGGCUACCCGUUCGGGGGCCCCUACUACGGCUGCCGGCUGUCCCACGCGCACAACGUCAACUUGCAGCAGAAGCCGUGCUCGUACCACCCCGCGGACAAAUACGCCGAGCCCAGCACGGCGCUGCCCAGCGACGAGCUCUCGAGCCGGCCCAAAGAGUUUGCCUUCUAUCCCAGCUUCGCCGGCUCCUACCAGGCCGUGCCGGGCUAUCUGGACGUGUCGGUGGUGCCCGGCAUCAGCGGCCAUCCCGAGCCGCGACACGACGCGCUCAUUCCCGUGGAGGGCUACCAGCACUGGGCUCUCUCCAACGGCUGGGAUGGGCAGGUGUACUGCUCCAAGGACCAGACGCAGUCGGCUCAUCUAUGGAAGUCGCCCUUCCCAGAUGUGGUGCCGUUGCCGCCCGAGGUGAGCAGUUACCGGCGCGGACGCAAGAAGCGCGUGCCUUACACCAAGGUGCAGCUGAAGGAGCUGGAGAAGGAGUACGCGGCUAGCAAGUUCAUUACCAAAGACAAGAGGAGACGCAUCUCAGCCGCCACCAACCUUUCGGAGCGCCAAGUCACCAUCUGGUUCCAGAACCGGCGGGUCAAGGAGAAGAAAUUCGUCAGCAAAUCCAAGAGCAAUCACCUGCACGCCACUUGACGAGCUCGCGGUUCCCUCGCCGGAAAGAAGGUCGAGAGCAACCAUCAUCUCGGCUGCUUUUAAUUGAACUUGCAUCUCCGUCAAAACAACGCACGGCCCGCCCGACCGAUUUCAUUUGAGAGCCGAGCAAGUCUCUCAAAACUGUGAAAAUGCGGAACACGGACUCCAUAUUUGUUUUAUAUGACUGUACAUAUAUAAAUAUAUAAUAUUUAAAACGAUAUCUAAAGUCAUGAUAUUGCGUGAUUCAUUUUAAUGAUUAUUAUUAUUAUUGUUAUUAUUUUUUUUUUCUUGUUUCCUGUUCUCUCCAAACCAAAUCAGAAAAGGACCGCAAAAAACAUGACUGAUGGUGGCUUACUUGUUUUUUUGUUCUUUUUGUUUUGGUCGUUGUUGUUUAUUUUUUUUAUUUAUUUUUAUUUUUAUAUAUGUCGCCCCACAAACAGGAAUGUUUGUGACUGAAUGUCAGGUUUCACCCAAAAGACUCGAACAUCCUCAACGACAUAAAAAAAAAAAGUUCAGAAAAGAAAAGCGGUGUACUUUGGGUGACACGCGUUCUAUUCUAAUUCCCGCUGAAUUGAAAAGCGAUGAUCCUCUUCGUAAGUUCUUCUAAGCGCUGCGAUAUUGUUUCCCUGUGUAGUGCAAUGCCUUUUUAUUAUUUAAAUUUAUAUUAUGGCCCAUGUGUAAACUCGAGUAUAAGUCGUGCCUGUAUGUUCUCCUCUUUUAUUUUUUUUGGUUUAUUUUUAUUUUUGGUCCAAGGAGAAUUGUGUCACGAAAUCUGCAAUGAUUGUAAAGCAUUAAAGUCAGUGAGUACUACA